AUGCUUGAGCGGAAGAUUAUCAGUAUCAAUGCAUUCAUCACCGAUCUACAAGAAGAAAUUGCAGAGCUUUGUUGCAUCAUCUCGGAGGGUGCCUUUUUGGAGCGAGAGAUACUCGUCGGGAUCUUCAUGCAUGCAAUCUCCCAAGGCACGUCACAUUGGGCCCUGUCUCAUGUGAAUCGCUGGUGGAGACAUGUCACGUUUUCAUCUGGGCCACUCUGGAGUAAAAUCCGACUCUCUCGUUGGGCCAGCAAUGCUUAUCUCACAGGCUACGUAGUCUGUCAUUCGAUGGAGCAGUUUGAACAAGUGGUCAACCAUUCCCAACACGAGAAGCUCGACCUUGACCUUUCCCUGUUCAAAAGUGACAAGUCGCAGUCCAAAAGGCAUAGUGCAGACGCUGUAAGCGUCGAGUGGGUAACCCGAAUCGUGACCUUUCUCAAUGGGGCGCGAGUCUUUCGACGGGCGCGCUCUCUCUGCAUUCGUCAAUCGUGUGCAAAAGCUUUCAACAAGGCUUCCUUUGACGGCAUUGAUUUUCCUGAACUUGAGCGGUUGUCCAUUUACGGAUCGUGCCCCACUAUGCAGAGCCGCAUAGCGAUCACGGCCGGCAAGCUCAAGAUAAUCAGCAUUGACAGAAAAUUGACCUCUUCUGACGCAUCAAAUGAUGACGAUGAAAAUUAUCAAUCGCUCGAAUGGGUUACUCCACUACUCACCACGCUCGCCACCUUUCGCUUUGCAAGCCUGAAUGCAGGCUUUGAUGACUAUUUCGAGGGAAACUUUCAUCUUUUCUCCCAUCUUCGCAUACUGGUCCUCACUGGAGUAUAUAUCAAAAGCGAGGAGGCAACGACGAUCGUAGACUUUGUCCACCUAAAGACUCUAACGAUCAAGCAGACAACAAUCGUGUGGUCGCUCCGACUGCCCAAUCUAAACCACCUGACCUCCAAAUCAUCUAUACUCGCCUUGGAAAUGACCAACCGCUCUACCUCCCCAAGCUGA